AUGUCUUUAGAUAGAAAUGUGCUCUCAGAAGAAUUUUCAUUAUUGAUUUUGAAACUAACAAAUGCUUGUGAAGGGAGGCUAACAAAUAUUGCUUUUGAUGAUGAUGGAAAAAUUGUUGUAACGAGGAACUUUAGUGGUAAGACAUUAAGGAGUAAAAAACAAGAUGACAUUGUUAAAACAGAACUCGAUAUUAAUGAAAUUCAAAAUGAUCACGGAAUUGAAAGCUCUAAAAAAAAAAAACGAAAAUAUAAAGAUGAUAAUUCAAAACAAUCAAGCUUAUUGAGCCAAAUUUUGAAUGAAGUCAAUGAUGACGACCCGGAAAAUGCAUGGACUUCUAUCAAUGCAAUACUAGAAACUAUUUUUGGCCGUGAUCAAAUCUUAAAAUCACCAAAUGAUGAGUCUAAAUCAAAAUAUUUAAAUUUAAUAUUCGAGUUACAAGAUUGCCAUGAAGCUCUAAAGCCGAUUCAAACUAUGGAUACUUCACAAAAACAAAAAUCGAAUGAAGAAGAUUUAAUAAUAUUACUAAUAAAAAAAGUUAAAUGGGAAGAAGUUGCCAAUAAUUUAAAAAAAGUUAAUAAUUCAAGUGACAAUUCGGAUGAAACCACCAGCGAUAGUACAUUAACUGUGACCCUUAAAGCAACAAAUAGUGAUAUAACUUCGAUUAAGAAUGACCUUGACUCUUGGCGAAACAAAUACAACAAGUAUAAUGAUCUCAAAAGGUCGAUAAAAAUUGAAAAGUUGAAACAUUUCGUUAGCUUAAAGCAACAUUAUAUCAAUCUGUUUUAUGCUGCAACUCAGAAAACACCUUGUGUGUCAAAAUCUUUACCCAGUAAAUCAAAAUUUGAACAAAGUAAUCCUCUAGGCAAUAACCCACCCCAAAAAAUUUUAAGAGGGUGGAUUUCACAUCACAUCUCUUCUACUCUAUUGGUUAGUAAAAGAACUGAAAGAAAGAUCUGGAAUUCACUUUGUCUUUUAGUUGCUUUAUUAUCAAAUAGUAAUGAAAACAUUAAUUAUAAACCAUUUCUACAAAUUGGUAAUGAUAUUGAAAAUGAUGCCCAGUUGAUGAGAAUGUAA